AUGCCAUCCUAUGCCAAGUUCAUAAAGGAAAUCCUCUCCAAGAAGAGAAAGCUAAAGGAUUAUGAGACUAUUGCUUUAAUAGGGGAAUGCAGCACCAUCUUGCAAAAUAAAUUGCCUCUAAAACUCAAGGACCUUGGAAGCUUCUCUAUACCUUGUCUCAUUGGCAACAUGAACAUAGACAAGGCCUUUUACAAUCUUGAUGUAAGUGUGAGUCUGAUGCCUCUGUCAAUAUAUCAAAAGCUAAAUGUUGGAGAGCUUAGACUAACUACCAUCUCAUUACAAUUGGCAGACGAGUCUGUUAAGUACCCAUUUGGCAUCUUGUAA